GACCGGUGAACGGGCCCCUCGAGCCCCUGUGUCCGCCCUGGUACGCCCGGACCUACCGGCCGCCCGCCUGCCGCAUCCCGCAGCCUGCUGCCGCCGCCGUCGCCAGGUUGUCCCUCCGACUGUCAGAUAGAGCCGCGGGCCGGACCGGCGGGGCGGUCAGCACGGCCCUGGCCGGACAUGGCGGCGCUCUACGCCUGCACCAAGUGCCACCAGCGCUUCCCCUUCGAGGCGCUGUCUCAGGGGCAGCAGCUGUGCAAGGAAUGUCGGAUCGCACACCCUGUUGUGAAAUGCACCUACUGCAGGACUGAGUACCAGCAGGAGAGUAAAACCAAUACAAUAUGCAAGAAAUGUGCUCAAAAUGUGCAGUUAUAUGGAACGCCCAAACCUUGUCAGUAUUGCAACAUAAUUGCAGCAUUUAUUGGCAACAAAUGCCAGCGCUGUACAAACUCAGAGAAGAAGUAUGGACCACCAUAUUCUUGUGAACAAUGCAAGCAGCAGUGUGCUUUUGACAGGAAGGAUGACAGAAAGAAGGUAGAUGGAAAAUUGCUGUGCUGGCUGUGCACUCUUUCAUACAAACGGGUCCUUCAGAAGACCAAAGAGCAAAGAAAACAUUUGAGCAGCUCUUCCCGUGCCAGCCAUCAGGAGAAGGAGCAAUACAGCCGACUGAGUGGUGGAGGCCAUUACAACAGCCAGAAAACUCUUUCUACAUCUUCAAUUCAAAAUGAAAUCCCAAAGAAAAAAUCCAAGUUUGAGUCAAUCACGACCAAUGGAGACAGCGACGCUUCCUCUUACGAGCUGCUUUGUCCUAAUAUCCAGAAUGCCCCAUCCGUGUUGGUGCAGUGGGCUGCUUCCCAACAGAGUCUUGGGGCCAACCAUUUUCCUGUUCCUCCAGGCCUGGGCAUCCUGAACUUUUCUCCAGAUCUAGCUCUGGAUUCACCAGGCACUGACCACUUUGUCAUCAUUGCACAGCUGAAGGAAGAAGUAGCUACUCUGAAGAAGAUGCUACAUCAAAAGGAUCAAAUGAUUUUGGAGAAAGAGAAGAAGAUUACAGAGUUGAAGGCUGAUUUCCAAUACCAAGAAUCUCAAAUGAGAGCGAAAAUGAAUCAGAUGGAGAAAACCCACAAAGAAGUUACAGAACAGUUGCAGGCCAAAAACCGAGAGCUCCUGAAGCAGGCAGCUGCAUUGUCCAAGAGCAAGAAAUCUGAAAAGUCAGGAACUAUAACCUCUCCAUGAGAGAUUCCAAGGAGCCUCCGAGCAAAAGCGGGGAAUUCCUGGGUUAGGUUUGGUGACCUGGCUGUUCCCUGGGAAUUGCAAGCUUUCUUAAGAAAUCUCUAUUUGAUUAUAGUUUUCCUUCUUUGUGCGAUUGCAAUGGACUGAAUGGUUUGUGCUGUAUUAUGGCUGCAUGCUUGAAUGUCUGGGGUUUUAAUCUCACUCUUCUCUCUUCCUCAUUAUUCUCUUUGUCCCUCUUUUGGUACUACUUUUUUAAAUGCUGAUCACUGCUCAGUGCUACGUGCAACAAGAUUUUUUUGUGUGUAUCGAUCAUUGUGUCUUGCCACACCCAUGAGCAAAGGGUUUGGCAUUAAUUACAUGUCACUGCCACCCUUUGAACUUUGAAAACUGCCACCUUAAGUUUGGUACAGUGGUAGAGGCUUUCUCUCUCCAAUAAACCUUUUGCUUCAGGGUAUAUUCUUGGGUUUUUUUCCAGGUAUAUUAUGUAUGAACUUUGUACUAUGUAUAGCCAGAGUUUUAUUUAUUUUUUAAAAGAGAAACUUUUUUUUCUUGAUAAAGGAAUAAUAGUAGCCUAGCUUGUUGUUCUUGUAAAAAUGAUGCCUCUUAAAAAAAAAAAAAAGUCCUGCUCUGUAGUUUUUAGUAACAGAACCAGAUCUCUUUCUUGUUACCUUGGAGUCUUAAAACUGAUUGCUAAGGUGAAAAAAUUCAAUGCAUAAGUACGGAGUUAAGUGCCUUUUGGAGGAUUUCUUGGAAGAGCAUUUAAGAAGUUACUUAAGGGAGGCAGCAAAAAUUUGGACAGUCUGUCUCUUUUAAGUAAGGGCAGAUAGAAGGUUGUCCAGGUUGUACUGGACACUUCCCUCCCGCCACCCCUUUCCUGAUUAUGUAAUUGAUUUUAAAUACUUACACUGCCACUUCUUUUUUUAAAGUACCCUUGUUUUUAUCAGUUGUCAUACUGAACCAUUGUCAGAGUUUUAUUUUGCAGGAAGAUUUGAAAUGGGAGAAUACUGACAUUAAUAGGAUAAGGGGUCAGUAUGAGCUUCUCAGGUAUGGACUCUGAGUUUGACCGGGAGAAAUGACGUCCCUGAAUCGUCUCCCCCUCCUCACGCACUCCAGCCUGUACACUCCUAGAUUUUAAUGGACAUGUAUUGAAAACAGGUGCCAGAGGUAGGGUGUGCUCAGGUGAAAGUGCUCGUGCCCUGUUUUCCGUUUUUGAUUCAGUAGGCAUGUGGAUUUACUUUUCCAGGAAAGGGGAUGGAUUGGCAUUAUUAGCCAUACUCUCAGGUGUCCCCAACGUGAUGUUUGUGAAAUCCAUAGCUGUGUGUAGUGUGCCACAAAACAGUGUAACCAACUACCUUAGAAUCAUGUAGAGUGGUAUAGAGUUAGAGUUAAUCAUGAGGACAGAUGACUUUUGUACUUCAAUUACCAAAAUGAAUUGAAGCAAUGGUUUUUAACUUGCUUUAUAUUUAUUAGGAGCAAAUGCUGAUAAUUUGUGAUUAACAUUGUCACAAAUGGAGCCAGGAACAUUAGUGAAUAAAAUCAUGGAAAUGGGUGGCUUCUGAUAAGAGAAACAGUGGACCACAUUGCUUAUAUAGCACUCUAGUAUGGUAUAUAAUUUUCCCUUCUAAGCUAGGGAAACAGCAGUGCUAAAUAGUUUUGUAAUUUUUUGAACGAAUAACUUUUAGGUAAAGAUAAAAUGUCAGACUAUUUUUUGGAUGCAUUUACAUUGACUAUGGGGGGAAAAGACUGAAAAAAUUGACAGUCAUGUUUUUUUAAUUUUGAAGACGAGAAAUCUGUUACAAUGAAGUGAUGCUAUAAAAGCAUUUAGUUUUAUACUGUAUGUUUUUUUAAUGUCUUGGCAUUUAAUAUAAAGAAAAUCCACACAUUUUCUAACUUUCCACAAAUUCCAAAAAGGGAAGUAUAAAGCCUGUCUUGAAAUUUUGGUUUUUAAAAAUCAUGACACUGUUUUACCAUGAAAUUGAGUAGCUAACUUUUGGUAACACCUUUUGUUUAUUUGUAUGUUUGUAAUAAUGAAUAUUUUAAAACAAGGAAUGUUUUGGUUUGUACAGACUUUGACAAAUGUGUGUUAAUAAAAAUUCAUAUUGACUCAAGAAUAA